UUAACGCAGCAGCUUGACGCGGAUGGAGGAGGGAAAAAAUUGACAAUAAACACUUAUCAUAUGCCACCGACAAAGUAAAGGCAAUCUCUCGUGUAGUUUGGUCCAUCUCCUCAUCAAUGACCCAGUGGUCGCUGGCGGGCGCCUUGUGAAGCUUUGCAGGCAGUGACAGCCGCGUCGAGUCGCAGAAAUGGAGCACAUCAGGACGCCGAAGGUGGAGCAGGUGCGUCUCCUGGAUCGUUUCAGCAACAAGUCCACGAACGGCACGCUGUAUCUCACCGCUACACAUCUCAUCUUCGUGGAGAGCGGCUCUAACAACUCGGCAGCUGCAGCACAAGAGAUAUGGAUCUUGCACCACCACAUAGCCUCCGUGGAGAAGCUGUCCCUGACCACCACCGGCUGUCCUCUGGUCAUCCAGUGCCGUAACUUCAGGGUGGUUCACUUCGUAGUACAACGAGAGAGAGACUGCCACGACAUCUACAGCUCGCUGCUGCGCCUUCUGCGGCCUGUAUCCUACGAGGAGCUCUAUGCGUUCUCCUACAACCCCAAACAGAACGACCAGCAGAGAGAGGAAGGAUGGCAGCUCAUCGACCUGGGGGCGGAGUUCGAGAGGAUGGGUGUCCCCUGCGACCAGUGGCAGCUUACCGACGUCAACAGGGACUACAAGGUGUGCGAGACAUAUCCUCGGGAUCUAUAUGUUCCCAUCACAGCCAGUAAACCUAUCAUAGUGGGGAGCUCCAAGUUCAGAAGCAAAGGACGCUUCCCUGUACUCACAUACUUCUACCAAGAGAAGAAGGCGGCAGUGUGCCGAUGCAGCCAGCCUCUCUCUGGGUUCAGCGCACGAUGCCUGGAGGACGAGAGCAUGCUGCAGGCCAUCAGCAAGGCCAAUCACAACAGCCGAUUCGUCUACGUCAUGGAUACCAGGCCCAAGCUGAACGCACUAGCCAACCGGGCUGCAGGUAAAGGCUACGAGAACGAGGACAACUACUCCAACAUCCAUUUCCAGUUCGUAGGCAUCGAGAACAUCCACGUGAUGAGGGCCAGCCUGCAGAAACUGCUGGAAGUGAUCGGGACUCGGUCUCUCACCAUGAGUGACUACCUGAUGGGACUGGAGAGCAGCGGCUGGCUGCGACAUAUCAAGGCCAUUGUAGACGCAGCCAUCUUUCUCACCAAGGCGGUGACAGGGGAAGGGGCCAGUGUGCUGGUCCACUGUUCAGACGGAUGGGACAGAACAGCCCAAGUCUGCUCUCUGGGGGCACUACUCAUGGACCCCUACUACCGCACCAUCAAGGGCUUCAUGGUACUAAUAGAGAAAGACUGGAUCUCCUUUGGCCACAAGUUUGCUGACAGGUGUGACCAGUUGGACGGAGAUCCCAAGGAGGUGUCUCCUGUCUUUACUCAGUUCCUCGAGUGUGUCUGGCAGGUCACCGAGCAGUUCCCACAGGCGUUUGAGUUCAGUGAGUGGUUCCUGCUGCAGAUCCAUGAACACGUCCACUCCUGUCAGUACGGCAACUUCCUCGGCAACAAUGAGAGACAGAGAGAGGACCUGCAGCUGCGGGAGCGGACUCACUCCCUGUGGGCGUUUCUGAUGAGUGAAAAAGAGAACUACAUGAACCCGGUCUACAGCCCUGCCUAUGCCGAAUCGCACCCCGUGCUGGAGCCCUCCACCCUGCCCUACCAUUUCAAGUUCUGGAGGAAUAUGUACCACCAGUUUGAUCGGUCCAUGCACCCACGCCAGUCUAUCCUGAAAACCAUCCUGACUCUGAGAGAGAACAGCCGCAAGACAGAGAACACACUCCACGCCCUGGAGAAUAGGCUCCAGCAGCUCGGCGUCACUCCUGUCGUGACCUCCGACCCCCCUGCGCCUGCUCCUCCCACCAGGGACCACUGCUCCCUCUCCAACCGCAACCCCCUCCCGCCCCGUCCCGACUCCCUCAUCCUGGGGGCGCCGAUCAGCCGCAAGGAGGCUCAGCAGCAGGAGGAGGAGGACGAAGAGGAGGAGGUGGGAGAGGAGGCCACCGAGAGCACCGACACAGAGCGGACAGUAGAGGGCAGCAGCGGCACCGAAAGCAGGAAGCAGAGCUACGGCGAGCUGGAAGGGACAUACAACAGCGAGCUGGCCAAAAGUGAGCCAGCUGUGGUCAGCCUGGAAUUUGGCGUGGCGCGCAUGACCUGCUGAGACCAACCAGGGGGAUUGUGGGAUACCGGGGGACAGGCAAGACUGGAUCGGAGGGCUUAAUGAGCGCGUAUGUGUGCACUGUAUGUAUGUAUGAGUGUGUGUAUGUGUGUGUGUGUGUGUGUGUGUCAAGGGGAAGCCUACAUUCUGUGUAUGAUUACAUGCUGAUUAUGCCGUGGUCCUGAAUGGGCCAAAUGGAUAAAGGUGUAUGUCUGUAUAGUCUAAAUCUCUAUGGAAAGCCGCAUUAUUAUGGCAUUUACUGCACUUAGACAAAAAGCUUGUUUUUUUAAUGAAUGUUCAAAAGUACUACAGAGAAUUAAUGAACAGAAUAAGAGAAUAAAUGGAUCCCAAAAAGGAAA